UCUCUCCUGGAAGGUUCUUGAGUUCAAUUAGGACAGUGGCUGCGGAAUCCCUGGUCUCCGGCCUGAGUUGCCCGCUGGCCGAGCGGAGGCGCCGAGGGCGCUGCCAUGUUUGGCUGCCUGGUGGCGGGGAGGCUGGUGCAAACAGCUGCAUAGCAAGUGGCAGAGGAUAAAUUUGUUUUUGACUUGCCUGAUUAUGAAAAUAUCAACCAUGUCGUGGUUUUUAUGCUGGGAACAAUCCCAUUUCCUGAGGGGAUGGGAGGAUCUGUCUACUUUUCCUAUCCUGACUCAAAUGGGGUGCCAGUGUGGCAGCUCCUAGGAUUUGUCACGAAUGGGAAGCCAAGUGCCAUCUUCAAAAUAUCAGGUCUUAAAUCUGGAGAAGGAAGCCAGCACCCGUUUGGAGCCAUGAAUAUUGUGCGAACCCCGUCUGUUGCUCAGAUUGGAAUUUCGGUGGAAUUGUUGGACAGUCUGGCUCAGCAGACUCCUGUAGGCAGUGCUGCUGUGUCCUCUGUGGACUCAUUCACGCAGUUCACACAGAAGAUGUUGGACAACUUCUACAAUUUUGCUUCAUCAUUUGCUGUCUCUCAGGCUCAGAUGACACCAAAACCAUCUGAAAUGUUCAUCCCAGCAAACGUGGUUCUGAAAUGGUAUGAAAACUUUCAAAGACGAUUAGCACAGAACCCUCUCUUUUGGAAAACAUAAUUUGAAUAAAAUAAUUUGUCAUGUCCUGUAAAA